AUGCUACCGUAUGUUCGUGAGCGUAUCCUGCCCCACUGGUGCACCUGCAACAAACGCAUGCAAAGACCCUCACACCGUUACACCCUUCAACCCUUACACCGUUACAUCCUCCACCCUCACACUGUUACACCCUCCAUCCCUCACACCGUUACACCCUCCAUCCCUUACACCGUUAUACCCUCCACCCGUUACACCGUUACACCCUCCACCCCUUACAGCGUUACACCCUCCAUCCUUUACACCGUUACACCCUCCACCCCUUACACCGUUACACCAUCCACCCCUUACACCCUUACACCCUCCACCCCUUACACCGUUACACCCUCCACUCCUUACACCGUUACACCCUCCACCCCUUACACCGUGACACCCUCCAUCCCUUACACCGUUAUACCCUUCACCCCUUACACCGCUAUACCCUCCACCCCUUACACCGUUACACCCUCCACCACUUACACCAUUACAUCCUCCACCCCUCACACCGUUACACCCUCCACCCCUUACACCAUUACAUCCUCCACCCCUGACACCGUUACAUCCAUCACCCCUCACACUGUUACACCCUCCAUCCCUCACACCGUUACACCCUCCAUCCCUUACACCGUGACACCCUCCAUCCCUUACACCGUUACACCCUCCAUCCUUUACACCGUUACACCCUCCACCCCUUACACCGUUACACCCUCGACCCCUUACACCGUUACACCCUCCACCCCUUACACCGUUACACCCUCCAUCCUUUACACCGAUACACCCUCCAACCCUAACACCAUUACACCCUUCACCCCUUACACCGUUACAUCCUCCACCCCUAACACCGUUACACCCUCCACCCCUAACACCGUUAUACCCUCCAUCCCUUACACCGUUACACCCUCCAUCCCUCACACCGUUACAUCCUCCACCCCUAACACCGUUACACCCUCCAUCCCUUACACCGUUACAUCCUCCAUCCCUUACACCGUUAUACCCUCCAUCCCUCACACCGUUACACCCUCCAUCCCUCACACCGUUACAUCCUCAACCCCUCACACCGUUAUACCCUCCAUCCCUCACACCGUUACACCCUCCAUCCCUCACACCGUGAAACCCUCCACCCCUUAG